AUGAAGAGGAAGCGAUCUGAAUUCCCAGUGUUCCUCGAUUCGGUAUCGUUUGCUGAGUUGUUGUGCGAAAUCGAUACGUUCAUAUUCGAUGCAGAUGGUGUUUUAUGGCUUGACAGUACGCCUAUUGUUGGUUCAGCUGAAUUCCUAGAAUUUCUUAUUGAGCAUGGUAAGCAAAUCUUGGUAUUAACAAACAAUUCGAAUAAAUCACGGUCUGCAUUAUUAUCAAAAAUGCAACAUAUGCGGUUUGUGGGAAUGAGUGAAAAUUCAAUCCAACUUCAGGAGAAUAUCAUCAAUCCUGCCGUAAUAAUUAUUCAUUACCUCUUAUCAAGAGGGUUUGGUGCAGAUAAUCGUAAGGUGUAUUUGAUUGGUUCGAAAGGAUUUGCCGAGCAACUCGACGAUGCCGGAAUUGAGCACUUUGGUUGUGGACCUGAUCCAGCGUACGCUGGGAAUAUAGAUGAUGAUAACUUUUUGAGUAAAGAUGCAUUCGUGUAUCGCGUCGGUUUUGACGAUCCGUUAACGAAAGUUGGUGCAGUUGUAGUUGGUUUUGAGAAGCAUUUCAGUUAUGUUAAACUGAUGCGUGCUGCGAAUUUUCUGCAGGAUGAGGAGUGUCUUUUCCUGGGUACAAAUGAAGAUGAGACCAGUCCCGGUCCACAUCCGAAGAUGAUAAUUCCAGAUGCUGGUCCAAUUAUAGCUGCAGUCAAGACGGCUGCUGGUCGAGAACCGAUCGUAAUGGGUAAACCGCAUUCAGCCGCAUUUGAGUAUAUUUGUGCUCGGUGGAAUAUUCAACCAGAACGAACGAUGAUGUUCGGUGAUAGAACAAAUACUGAUAUUGUCUUUGGACGCCGACAUGGACUUCGAACAACGCUUGUGCUCUCCGGAGUGCAUUCUUUAGAUAAUGUGAAACAAAAUCAAGAAGCGAAGCGUACAGAAAUGGUGCCAGACUUCUACACGACAUCUUUGGGAUGUCUAAUCGCACGGCAGUGA